AUGAGUGAGCGCCAUCAACCAGACGCCUCGAGCAGUAAUACAGAUCUCGAUCAAACCCACGUGGAGAAGCCCCUUGACACGCCCGCCGAACAGGAAACUGUACCCGACCAACCUAACGAUGCGGAGAAUGUGACCGAGAAGACAACCGAGGGUGCGCCUCUGGACCGCGCGCCCUCACAGGCGGCAAAGAUGGGCAAGAAGAAGAUCAUAAUUGUGAUGACGGCGCUUUCUUUGGCUCUAUUUUUGGCGGCUUUGGAUAUGACUAUUAUUUCCACCGCCCUCCCUACUAUCGCCGCGCAAUUUGGUGCCUCCGAGAGCGGUUUCUCAUGGAUCGCAUCGUCAUAUCUUCUCGCAAAUGCUGCCUGUAUCCCCCUGUGGGGCAAGAUCAGUGAUAUCUGGGGAAGAAAGUCUAUCAUUGUCUUGGCAAAUGUUGUCUUCCUGGUUGGCAGUUUGAUUUGUGCCUUGGCGCAUAACAUGGCCACGAUCAUCGCCGGUCGAGCGGUUCAGGGUGUUGGUGGUGGUGGUAUCAUUAUCCUGGCCAAUAUCAGUGUUUCGGAUCUAUUCAGCUUGAGAGAUCGUCCGAUGUACUACGGUCUUUUCGGUGCGGUCUGGGCUGUCGCAGGCGCCCUUGGCCCCGUUAUAGGUGGAGCUUUCACUACAGAUGUGUCUUGGCGCUGGUGUUUCUGGCUCAACCUGCCCGUUGGAGGUGUGUCGCUGGCUAUCCUUAUUCUCUUCCUUCGUAUUGAGUCGCCCAAGACUCCAUUAUGGGCUGGUGUGCGCUCCAUUGAUUGGACAGGAACAUUCUUGAUCAUCGGUGGAACCCUAAUGUUCCUCUUCGGGCUGGAGUUCGGAGGUGUCAACUAUCCCUGGGCCUCAGCUACUGUGAUUUGCCUGAUUUUAUUCGGCGUGCUCACUUGGGCCCUGGCAAUGUUCGUGGAAUGGAAGGUUGCUAGGUUCCCGAUUAUCCCCCCGCGCCUGUUCAACGAGUGGUACAACGUUCUUAUCCUGCUCGUAUGUUUCUGUCAUGGAGCCACUUUCAUCGCUGCGACCUACUACCUGCCGCUUUACUUCCAGACAGUCCUCCAGUCAACCCCCAUCUUGAGUGGUGUGUAUGUCUUACCUCUAGUGCUGUCUCUUGCCGUGGGCUCCGCGGCCACGGGUGUUGUUAUGAAGAAAACUGGUCGCUUCCGCGAGCUGAUCAUCUUCGGUAUGUCCUGCAUGGCCCUUGGAUUCGGUCUUUUCAUCGAUCUCAAGGCCUAUGCUUCGUGGCCCCGUAUCAUCAUCUACCAGUUAAUCGCUGGUGUCGGUAUUGGCCCCAACUUCCAGGCACCUUUGGUCGCUUUCCAGGCCAACAUUCGCCCCUCCGACAUGGCCACAGCAACAGCCACUUUCGGCUUUGUCCGUCAAAUAUCUACUUCGAUGUCCGUCGUUCUGGGCACGGUCAUUUACCAAAACAUCAUGAGCCAACAAUCCGCCCAGCUUAUUGCCUCCGUAGGCCCUAAAACCGCUGCGAUGGUUUCUUCUUCCUUUGGUGGUGCCUCGAAAUCCCUCAUCCAGAGCCUUACUCCAUCCGAGCGCGCGGUCGUAUUGGGAGCCUACACUCACGCUCUGAACCGCAUGUGGAUCUUCUAUACUUGCAUGGCUUGUCUUGGCUUUAUUCUCGCUUUAUUAGUUCGCCCUCGUGAGCUUACUCGCCAUCACACUGUCCAGAAGACAGGUCUUGCUGAGCAAGAGCGUGCCCGUCAGGAGCGUAUUGACUCUCAGCGCAAGGAUGAGUCAAAGCCUGAAGUCGAGGUUUAA